AAAACCCAUAUUUUUUGUGGUCUUGGGAACUCAUACACCACUCCUCUUAUCAAUCUGCAUGUGGGUCUGAAACAUGUAGAUACAGCAACUUAUGAGUUUCUGGAACUAUACUAAAGGUUUACCACACCAUUAGAAAAUUGGAGAAUAAAUGGCCUAAAAUUUUAGAAAAGUAAAGUUUAUUUGAAGACAUUUCUGGCUUUAAUUGUAAUAUUCUACAUAUUAAUGUAUACAUGGAGAUGUCAAGGGAUCAAGAUCAAUGCAUACAAAUGUGUCAUGCAAAUUAGCAAACGGGAUAAUUGAAAGGAGAAGUAAGUUGGAAAUAGAAGUUUCAUGUCAUGAACUAUUGAAAGCCUUCGUAGAUGCUGAUGAAAAUCGCUAUAACUAAAUAUGAAGACAACUUACUCUUUUGCAGAACCCAUAAUAUUUGGUAGAUAGAAUCUUUGUACUCCAAGACAAUAGGAUACACAUGGAAAAUAGAUAUACUGUAUCUGCUUGGUAGAAAGUAGUUGAAUUUCACCUAACUGUUAGAUAGUAUAUUUGAUUGUGAUGGCUAAUGAAACACCAUUCAAGUCUAGGUCAUCAAUCAAGGUAGCCACUAACCAUUUGUCCUUGACUGUAGACCCAGGGAGAUAAAUUCUCAGUAAUAACCCUGAGUAAUCAUGUUUUACAGCAGGUAUUCAUGUUGUCUGUGUUUGUGCCUGGUGUCUGCUGAUGUUAAAAUAGACCUCAGAUAAUACUCAUAUUCCCUACACACUAAAUAUGUGACUCCAUGCUCACAUUUCUGUAGAAAUGUUGACAACAUUCUUCAUAUUUUGUUUUUAAUAUCCUUUUAUGUGGUUUAGCAUUGUCCAUAACUAAGUUGUAUUAAUUUCAGCUUUGUAGUUUUCAAACCUGGUUGUGAAAUUUCAAGAAAACUUCCAAUAUUUGAAUCUGUGAGAAGAACAACAAAAAGAAUGAGUGUGGCUCUGGGAAACACUCUACAGGGUUUCUUAACCUUCAAGGAUGUGGCUCCAGAGUUCACACUAGAGGAAUGGGAAAGUCUCAGUUUUGCUCAGCGGGCACUGUACAUGGAUGUAAUUUUGGAGACUUACUACAAUCUAUUGUCUUUGGAAAAUUAUGUGAUAUGUGAAAAACAUGGGAAGGUAUUGGAUAGAGACACAGAGUGCAUUGUCCAUGAGCAUGUGAAUAUCCAAGAGAAGUUUUGUAAAUGGGAAGAAAUUAGCAAAGUGACUCUUGAAUCCACCCAAAGUACACCUUAUAAAACUAAUCUCCGAGAUCCCGCCCUUAAAGCUGGGAAAACCAGAGAAGUUUACAAAUAUAAAGACUGUGUACAGUUUUCAAAUGAAUGUGCUAUCGCUGGUGUAAAUUCCAGAAUCCACAUAGAGAACAAAGAGCACAAUAAAGAAUUUGAUAAGGAUUUUGUCCAUGAAGAUAAACUGGCACUGAAACAAAACACUAAUGGUAAGAACCUUCACCAAUGUAGUGAAUGUGAGAAAUGCUUUACCAAAACAAGGGAUCUUCAUUUGCAUCAGAGAAUUCACACAGGAAAGAAAUGUUACAAAUGUAGUCAAUGUGACAAAUCCUUUGCCCGAGAAUCCUAUCUUAGGCAUCAUCAGAGAAUUCAUACCGGAGAGAAACCUUACAAAUGCAGUGAAUGUGAUAAAUGCUUUACUGAAAAAGGCACUCUCAGAACCCAUAUGAGAAUUCAUACCGGAGAGAAACCUUACAAAUGCAGUGAAUGUGACAAAUGCUUUACUGAAAAAGGCACUCUGAAAAGACAUAUGAGAAUUCAUACAGGAGAAAAACCUUACAAAUGCAGUGAAUGUGACAAAUGCUUUCGCCUACAAUUCCAUCUUAAUAUUCAUCAGAGAAUUCAUACUGGAGAGAAACCUUACAAAUGCAGUGAAUGUGAAAAAUACUUUACUUACAAAUGUAAUUUUAGGAUUCAUCAGAGAAUUCAUACAGGAGAGAAACCUUACAAAUGCAGUGAAUGUGACAAAUUCUUUACUGAAAAAGGCACUCUGAGAUUUCAUCAGAGAAUACAUACAGGAGAGAAACCUUACAAAUGUGGUGAAUGUGACAAAUGCUUUGGCCACAAAUCCCAUCUUAGUAUUCAUCAGAGAAUUCAUACAGGAGAGAAACCUUUCAAAUGCAGUCAAUGUGACAAAUGCUUUACUGAAAAAGGCACUCUGAGAAGCCAUAUGAGAAUUCAUACCGGAGAGAAACCUUAUAAAUGCAGUGAAUGUGACAAAUGUUUUCGCCUACAAUGCCAUCGUAGUAUUCACCAGAGAGUACAUACAGGAGAUAAACGUUACAAAUGCAAUGAAUGUGACAAAUGCUUUGGCUACAAAAGUAGUCUGAGAAUUCAUCAGAGAAUUCAUACUUGAAAGAAACAAAGAUAAACAGAACCGAAAGCUGAUGCUUUGAGAAAAUCAACAAGAUAGAUAAACCCUUAGCCAGAAUAAUUACAGGGCAUAGAGACUGUGGCCAAAUUAACAAAUAUCA